UCAAAAACGGUGCGUAUAUAAAUUCAGCUUCCUACGCCCUGCUUUGACUCACGCCCCACCUCAACCCAUCCAUCUCGGGAGGAUUCUUCACCUCCUCCGGCGCCUCUCUAACGUCGGCCUCAGCACCGCCGCGCAAAUUUAACCAUCUCCGACAAUACAACAUAUUCCGUUCAAUACCUGACGGAAUAUCUCCCCCGGCUGACAAGAUGAGCUCCCCGACGCGGGAAGAGGACAAGGAAGUGGAAUCUAAUCGCCUCCUACCUACCAAAUCCAUCGCCUUAUCCUCUUCCGCGUCAUCCUCAUCUUCUUCAUCGUCGGACGACUCGGAGGAAGAGGUCGCGUUCGAAUCCCGAGAGAAGAUCCUGAUCGUCGAUGUCGAUUGCGGGGAUCCUCUUGAAGCCGCUGACUAUGUGCCGCCUUUCUCGUGGAAGAAACUUUGGCUGUUCACGGGGCCAGGGUUUUUGAUGAGUAUAGCUUUCUUGGAUCCGGGGAAUCUGGAAGGGGAUCUCCAGGCGGGAGCAAUUGCCGGCUACUCGCUGCUCUGGCUCUUGAUGUGGGCGACAGUAAUGGGCCUUCUCAUCCAGAUGCUGUCGGCUCGGGUUGGCGUAGCGACGGGCCGGCACCUAGCCGAGCUUUGCCGGGAGGAGUAUCCGAAUUGGGCCCGGUAUGCUCUGUGGUUCAUGGCUGAGCUAGCGCUGAUUGGCGCUGAUAUUCAAGAAGUUAUUGGCAGUGCAAUUGCUAUCCAGAUUCUGAGUCAUGGAGUCUUGCCGCUUUGGGUUGGCGUUGUAAUUACGGCGUCGGAUUGUUUCAUAUUUUUAUUUCUAGAGAAUUAUGGAGUCAGGAAAUUAGAAGCUGUGUUUGCCGUUUUGAUUGCAAUUAUGGCUCUUUCAUUUGCUUGGAUGUUUGGUGAUGCAAAACCCAGUGGAAAAGAACUUUUAAUUGGUAUUUUGCUUCCAAGACUUAGCUCGAGGACAAUUAGGCAAGCAGUGGGAGUAGUGGGUUGUGUCAUAAUGCCUCACAAUGUCUUCUUGCACUCAGCUUUGGUACAGUCCCGGAAAAUUGAUCCGAAGAGAAGAGGUCGGGUUCAAGAGGCACUAAAUUACUACACGAUUGAGUCAUCGGCUGCCCUUUUAGUCUCCUUCAUGAUUAAUUUGUUUCUGACCACUGUUUUUGCUGAGGGAUUUUAUGGUACUAAAGAAGCCAAUAGUAUAGGAUUAGUUAAUGCAGGAGAAUAUCUUCAGAAGAAGUAUGGAGGAGGACUCUUUCCAAUUCUUUAUGUCUGGGGAAUAGGGUUACUGGCUGCCGGACAGAGCAGUACAAUAACUGGCACAUAUGCUGGACAAUUUAUCAUGGGUGGUUUUCUCAAUCUUCGGUUGAAGAAAUGGCUAAGGGCAUUGAUAACAAGAAGUUGCGCAAUUGUGCCAACUAUGAUCAUUGCUAUUAUAUUUAAUACCUCUGAGGCUUCAUUAGAUGUUUUGAACGAGUGGCUUAAUGUGCUUCAGUCGAUCCAGAUUCCUUUUGCGCUUAUCCCUCUUCUUACUUUAGUUUCCAAGGAAGAACUCAUGGGAGUAUUCAGGAUUGGACCUAUGCUUAAUAGGUUGGCAUGGACUGUGGCUGCCUUGGUGAUGGUAAUCAACGGAUAUCUUUUGUUUGAUUUCUUUGUUUCCGAAGUCAAGGGAUUGCUGUUUGGAUUUCUGGUUUGUGCAGGCACAGCUGCAUAUGUAGGGUUUAUAAUUUAUCUUGUUUCACGAAUCCAUGAUCUUCCUCCCACUUGGUUCAGUAUAGAACUGCCCAAAAGAUUUUCUGGAAAUUAACUUAAAACCCUAGACAUUGUAUAUGCUUCAAAACUAUGCUGCUCUCAACCGUAAGUUGUGCCCUACAGCUCUGAGAUUGUUUAUAAGAGACUCGGAUAAGCGAAGCAGAAACAUUAUUUACGAAGGUCGUAUAUCUAACCCCGGUGCAUAGAUACACAUAUUCAAGAAAUGAAAAGCAAUUCGGCUUACUUCUACUUUUACGUAGUAGAGCAAUUAGUUGCUUGUAUUUUUUGGUAGUAUGCAAUAUUUCAGAAGGACCACGCUAGAAACCACGAAAA